AUGCGCUUCUCUACCUCCGCCGCCGUCCUGGCAUUGCCUCUUCUGGCUGCCGCCGAAAGUCCCCUCGACCAGUACAAGGCCAAGUUCCAGAACUUCCUCGGAAGCUUCGCUGGCACUGCCGGUGGUGCUGCCGUUCAACAGGCCGCCGAGGUUCCCCAGCAGAAGCCCAUUGUCUCCAACACUGAGUCUGCCACCACCAGCACGGUACCGGCCAAGAAGGUUGAGCGCCUCACGCUCUCCAACUGGAAGGACACCUUGUACGCUCCCGUCCAGCCAGCGGCCACUACCCCCGAGGAGUGGUGGGUGUUGAUUACUGGUGGCAACAAGACGUGCUUUGGCCGCUGCGGACCCGUCGAUGAGGCCUUCGGCGAGACGGUGGAGAAGUUCGCGACGCUUCCCAACUCUCCCCACGUAGCUAUCCUUGAUUGCGAAGCGGAGCCCGUCCUUUGCAAUGUCUGGUCCGCUGGCGCUUCGGCCCUCUGGGUCUUCGACAUGCUCCCCCAGCCCGCUGCCGUCGACAUCUACUGGAAGCGCCUGAACUACACCACCGUCACUGCGGCCGAUCUUCUGGAAACAUACGACAAGGAGACCACGGAGGGCAAGGAGGCUGCCGGCUUUGAGCUUCUCGAGGGCGCGCUUCACCCCUUCGACGGCACCAUUGCCCAGUACAACCUCUCCGUCCCAAUUGCCUACACUCUCCACUACCUCAGCAUCAUCCCCUCGUGGGCCAUGAUGCUCUUUGUUUCCUUCUUCAGCCGGACGAUGAUGAACCGUAGUAUGGGAGGCGCGCAGAAUCGUCCUGCCAACCCUGCUCGUGGUGCUGCUCCCGGUGAUGGCCGUUCUUAG